CAGGACUGCAUUGCCCCUCUCAGGCCCGUCCGGGGCACAAAUUCUCCACCUGGGACGACUCCCAAGCCGGGGGCGGUCUCCCAAGCUGGAGCAUUGGGGUCCUUGGAGGCGUCUUUAAGGCUGCGGUCCCCGCCCUCCUCGCCCGCCCCCUUCCCUCCUCCCUCCGCGAGUGUUCGGCGGCCAGGCGCGAGGAGGAGCAGGUGCGGGCCCUCGUAUGAGGCUGCCGGGGCCGCGGUGGUAGCGGCGCCGGGCGCUCGCCCGCCCCUUCUUCGGGCCACUCUCAGGCUCUGGCGCGCGGGGACAUGUCGGUGGUGACUGGCGGCGGUGAGGCGGCCGGAGGGGCCAGCGGCGGCGGGGCGCGCGUCUUCUUCCAGAGUCCCCGCGCUGGCACUGGCGGCAGCCCGGGAUCCAGCAGCAGCUCUGGCUCCUCAAGAGAGGACUCCGCGCCGGUGGCCACGGUGGCCGCCACCGGCCAGGUACAACAGCAGCAGCGACGCCACCAGCAGGGAAAAGUGACAGUGAAAUACGACCGCAAGGAGCUUCGGAAGCGGCUGGUGCUGGAGGAAUGGAUCGUAGAGCAGCUGGGUCAGCUGUACGGCUGCGAGGAAGAAGAAAUGCCAGAUGUAGAAAUCGACAUUGAUGAUCUUCUUGAUGCUGACAGCGAGGAAGAAAGAGCUUCAAAACUCCAGGAAGCUCUCGUAGACUGCUAUAAACCAACAGAGGAAUUUAUCAGAGAGCUGCUGUCCAGAAUAAGAGGCAUGAGGAAGCUGAGCCCUCCACAGAAGAAGAGCGUAUGAUUUUGCAACAGGCUAGACUUCUCUCGGAGAUGAAGAAAGCGACCUGGGAUUUGGACUUCAUGGAUACUUUUAUUAAAUAACCAUAGCUGUCUUUUACAGACAACACUUUUUGGUGUGUAUGUGUUGGGGGUGGGUUAGACGUUUAUUCAAAAGUGUUCCUUCUUUUGUUGUUUUAAAGAGUUUUCAUUACUGUACUAUUUUAAUGGCAAAGCUAUUAUAACUUGGACUACAGCCCAACCUAGGACGAUCAAAGCAGAUGCAUCUGACAGGAUAGGUGAGGCCAGGCAGUGUUUUCUGUAAGGACUUGACUGUAAUUUAGGACCUGAUAAUACAGGGAAGGUAGUUUUCUUAUGGUCAGUUUGGUAAGAUUUUUUUUUUUAAGUUGUACAUUUGACUUAGAUGUGAAAAAUGUCUCAUGCGUGUAUAUAUCUACAAACACUAAGUUUAAAAUAGAGACACGAGCUUUAUUUCAUGAUGAUGGAAUAAACCUGUGCUCGUCCUGUUAGACGAAGUCACGGCACGUGUGUUUUCAAGAUGCCCUCAAGCAUUCUUCAGACAAAUGCGGUCCUCCCUCAGCAUCCACCAUCUGCACCAAAGUGAAAGAAUUUCAUGUGGCCAUUAUUGUAAGGAGCCAUACAACAUACUACGUGCUGAGUUGUCAAGGGCUUACUUUGCAGACUUUUAUUAUUUCACUGGUUGAGAUGCUUUGCCAGGUCAUGUACGUAUUGCCUCAUUGUGGUCUUUUUAAAAGUUUUAGGAACUCUUAAUUUUGAAAACCAACCUGAUUUCUAAA